AUCACCGAGGCUCCACUCGUUAAUCUACGCUGAGGUGCAGGUCUAGCAGUUGCAAGAACUGAAUAUUAUUAAAUUUGUAACAAAGUAUUCUCCAAGUUUGCCUAAUCAACAAAUGUAUGUCCAGAAAGCAAAUCUGUUCCUACUAGUUUUAUGGGACUGUGACAGUCUAGAAGAAUGGAUCUUGUUCCAGAAACUCCGCCUAACAAAAGGCUCGACGUACUACGAGUUGCUUCAACAUGAGAUAGUGGGCGCUCGCAUCUCGAUGUACCUGUUCAACAUCACCAACGCCGAGAGCUUCCUCGCUGGCGACGACUCCAAGAUCAGGCUUGAAGAAGUCGGGCCGUUCGUGUUUCAAGAAUACCGUUGGUACGAAGACUUGGAAAUAAGCGAGGAUGGCAAGCAGAUGGCAAUGACGCCGAAGACCAGGACUGAGUUUAUUUCCCAAAGGUCCAUAGCUCACCCGAAGGAUGUCAACCUCACACUGCUUAACUUGCCAAUGCUAAUAGUAUAUCCCAUCCAUCAGGGUGCCACAAACUUGCUGUCGGAGUACCCGAGCUUCCUCCAGCACGUCUACAACAUGAUGGCUGACCAGCUGCACAGCAAGCCUAUCUUCAACAUCGACGUGCACACCUACCUGUGGGGGUAUGACAACCCCCUCAUCAAGAUCGUUCACAACAUCGCGCCUGGCGUUGUCUACUUCAAGAAGAUUGGCCUUUUGGACAGGCUCUAUGACACCGAAUCAGACUACAGGAUAGUAGCAGGAGCCACAGACGAGGAUCGAUUUCGGAUAAAAUACGUGAAGAAAACUCGACGGCUGGAGGUCGAUUCUACCGAGGAUGUCGAUGAAAGUGAGCUGACCUUUGCGACAGACACAUACGAGGGUAUCGGAUACCCGCCGAUGUUGACACCAGAUAUACCUCUGAACUUGUACCGGAUCGGUAUCUGCAAGAGCUUCCAAUUGGAGUACAUUGGCAGGAAACCCAUGGAGUAUGGCGGCGAGGGCUUGAGGUAUACCCUCAGUAAUGAGAAUUUCAAGUCUGAUGUCAACUCCUCCAAGCCUUACCCUGAAGGACUGAUGGAUAUAUCCAAUUGUUUCUAUGGUGUACCGUUCAUGAUCUCCAAAGGGCAUUUCCUGGACGCCGAUCCUAAGUUACUGGAAGGUAUUGAAGGUCUGAAGCCUGAUAGAAACAUUAACGCCAACGAAGUAGUUAUAGAUCAUAUGGUAAGCGUGCCAUUCCAAACAAAUUUCUCGAUCCAACUGAACAUAGCCCUCGAUGACGUCAGCUAUAACAGACACACCAAGAGAUUGUCCAACACUGUGCUACCGAUCACACACAUCAAAAUUGAUCAACCAGAGAUGCCAGAAACUAUAAUGAACAAGUUCUACCUCGCAUUCAAAUUAGGUCCGAAAUUAGAGUUAGGUACAUUUGUAGUUCUAACACUCACAAGUUUAAUGCUAAUUAGUCAUGCGGGGAGGGUGAUCUAUUACAAUUGGACAAAGAAUACUAGAGGGAUGGACUUCGAAAUUAAUGUUAAUAAGAAACUCUUAGAAACCAAAACAAUAGAAGGAAAUUCUUUGAAAGUUGACCCUUACUAA